CAGCAACGUCUUUCCCCGAACAAUAUUAACAUGACACCUUCCAUCGAACGAUCCCGGUUAUUGAGCCAUUGUCUUCCCCAUUAGUGUUUCCAACCGCUACAUUUCUAGCACUUAGCAAUGCCAGUCUACAUGUUGUACGGCUUUAAGUGGCCGCGCGCCGGCUUCACGGGUAUCCGAGUCUACAUUGUCCUGCACAACCUGGAAGAUGCAACAGCAGAGUACCUCCAGGCACCAGUCACUACCCAGCUACUUUUGGAGUCGUUUGCCAAGACAGAACCGGGUAUCGUAUCCCGUCUCCCCGACCUCCGAUUUAUCGAGCAGUAUGAUCCCAACGAUACCACCGAUGCGGCCGUCAGCAAGCCCUAUGCCUAUGUCGCAGCUAAAGUGAUUACGAUGCCAGAGUCGGGCGCACUUAGUAUGGAUGCUGAGGAGCUGGUUAAGGAGUCAGGGCUAAAUAAUGAUGCCAUGGCGGCGUUGACAGAGAUGCGGGAUAAAUAUGCCGCCGGUGAGAAGAUUGGCUGGUAUAUUGUGUAUAACGGAGAUCCGGAGAGAUGGUUUCCCCAAAUUGAAGAGGAUGAUGAUGAAAGCAUGAUGUACGAUGAAGACGGGGAGGCUAGCGAUUAUGGCAGUGCAUCACAACCCCCGUCAACUCCUACGACAUUUUUCCCCCAAAGGUUGACGCAGUUCUUCGGCGCCAAGAAGACCGCUUGAGCCAGCUAUAUGAGUGAUAUGUGGCUAUGCAUUUUACCCAAAGCCCGAUGACGGCUAUUGUGCUCGUGAACAUUGAUUCUUGGAUAUUAGAACCACGGCGUAUUGAAUCUAUAAUUCAU